AUGAUGUGGAUUGCAUUGCUCAUCCUUUCAGGCCUCGCCCGAGCAGCUAUCCCCAAUGCCAUGCUUCGCGGCAUGCCUUCUCUACCAAAGCUCCCAGUGCCUGAACGUUUCCUCACUUCAUUCAAUGGCACAGCGCUCCCACCUAUUACGACCGUCUACUACUUUGAUCAGCUCAUCGACCACAACAACUCAGAUCUCGGGACCUUUAAACAGCGAUACUGGAUGAACUGGGAGUUCUACGAGCCUGGUGGCCCCAUCAUCUUGAUGACGCCUGGAGAAGGUGACGCAGAUGGCUACGAGGGGUAUACUACCAAUGUAACCAUCAAUGGUCGCAUCGCCCAACAACAAAAUGGUGCAGCCAUCGUCAUUGAACACCGUUUCUUUGGUUAUUCCAAUCCAUAUGACAACCUCACAUCACAAUCCCUAGCUCUCCUCACUAUCCAGCAGGCUAUCGAUGACUUUGCAUAUUUCGCCACCACCGCUGACCUUCCUAUGCCUGGGGGUGAUGCUGUAAAACCAGGUCAGGCGCCAUGGAUAUUGAUCGGAGGAAGCUACUCGGGGGGUCUCACGAGUUGGACGAUGCCGGGAAUUUUCUGGGCUGGAUAUGCAUCUUCGGCCGUCGUAGAAGCCAUCACGUAUGUCAUAUCACCGCGCAUCUCCCAUCAUUCUGAUUGCUUCUCCUUCCGUUAUAAUCAACUGAAUGUAUCCGCAUACAACGUCGAUUUUUACGAUUAUUUCACACCUAUUCGCGAGUACAUGCCACAGAACUGUUCGUCUGAUGUACAGGCAGUGAUUGCAUACUUGGAUAGGAUGUUCGCGGCCAAUGACACCGCUGGAAUCCAGACGCUCAAGGAAACAUUUGGCCUCGGAGAUGUUGUACACGUGGACGAUUUCGCCAGUGCACUUCAAUACAACCUGUAUGACUGGCAAUCUCUGCAGCCCGAUGUUGGCCCAGGAGCAAUGUUCUUCGAGUUCUGUGAUGCACUUGAAGUCAAGGAUGGCGUUAGCGCCGGACCUCAGGGAUGGGGACUUGAUAAUGCUAUCUACUCUUGGGGUAACUUCUGGAAUACCACAUACUACGACUACGUCUGUGGAGACGGGGGUGCCGAAGCUUGUCUUGGGACGUAUAACACGAGCCAGUCCUACUGGACUAAUGUUACCAUAAAUAAUGCAGAAAGGUCAUGGUUUUGGAUGGUGUGCAAUCAAGUCGGAUGGUACCAGGUUGGCCCUCCUGAAGGCCAGCCCGCAAUUGUAAGCCGCAUCCUCCAACCCAUUUAUGAAGAGCGCCAAUGCGUGAACAUGUUUCCUCAAGCCUUUGCCUAUCCACCUCAGCCGACCACUGCGCAGACUGACAUAAUGUAUGCCGGUUGGAACGUGAACAUCCCGCGUCUUUUUUUCGCUAACGGCCUGCGUGACCCAUGGCGCGAUGCAACUGUCUCUGCUGAUGGGUUGAAUAAGUCCAACACUCUCAGCAUGCCAAUCUAUGAGGGCGAUGGAUUCCACUGCUCAGACAUGAUCACGGAGAAUGGCAUUGUAGACUCGACUAUCGCGGCCGUGCAGGAAGCAGCUUGA